GGCAAGGGGAGCGGCCAGCUGCCAAAGGGCUUUCCCCCCUUUUCUCCCCUAAGCCUUGGGGCAGGCGAGGUGGAUUACAAUGACCGCCACAACGGUAGCCAGUGGUGUCCAGAAACUUUCCAACACCAAAGAGGAAAGGAAGUUAAGAAAACCUUUGAUUGAAAGAAAACGAAGGGAGAGGAUUAACAACUGCUUGGACCAACUCAAGGAGACAGUGGUUGGCGCCUUUCAGCUUGAUCAAUCUAAACUUGAAAAAGCAGAUAUCCUCGAAAUGACAGUAAAGCAUCUCCAGAAUAUCCAAAACAGCAAAAUUAUGGCAGAUUCCAAAAUGGGCUUGGAAGCUCAACAGAGAUACAGCACUGGAUAUAUUCAGUGUAUGCAUGAGGUCCACAAUCUCCUCCUGACCUGCGAAUGGAUGGACAAGACCCUCGGAGCACGUUUACUGAACCAUCUGCUGAAAUCCUUGCCCAGAUCUAGUGAGGAAACUUGUAAGGCAGACUUGAGUCCAACCAACCGCAGGCGUAGCCAGAGGAAGACAACAGGUUCCGGCCAAUUGGAGGACCAGUUGUACCUUGUUGAAGACAAACAGGGGUUGAAAAAGUCCUUUCAGCCACAACCGCCCUCACGUUGUAGUCAGCGCGAGUUGUCACCUCCCAGUCAGAUCCUGCAGCCUCAUUUUGCACAUAGUGCCCCUAAUAUGGGGUCAUUAGACAUGUGGAGACCAUGGUAAAAAUGUCUUGGGGGAAAUGUUGUUUCUAAUCUUAGACCCUCUUAUAUGUAUCUUAUAGAUAUGCCUCUUUAAAACACUUUUUGGAGCAAAUCUGUUCCUGUAGGUGUACUAAAGACCAGGGUACUUCAAGCCGAAGUAAACCUCUAUGUAGCCUGCAUUGUAGAAGGCUGCUAUUAUAUUGUAUUUAUUUAAUGCAUCUAAAUUAUUUUAUAGAAUCUUCUCUUGAGCUUGUUAGUGUAUGUGACUUAUAUAAUAUACCUUUUCAUAUGUUAUUAAAAUAAUUAACAACUGAUUAAUAAAAAUAGA